AUGAACUCAACAGUGAAUAAACUCGCAUCCCAGAUUCAAACGGCCGCUCACGGCAGGGUCACCGUAACCCCUCAAACACCGUCAUCUGGAAGCUAUUGGGACUCCACAAAGCCCAAUCCCCUAGCGAGCCAGUCCAGCGGCGCCAGCGGCAUGAUGACCAGUCGCCUCCUAGGCCGGGCUGAACUAGUGGAUCUACCACGGGCUGACCUACGGUCUUACCUGCAGCAGAUUCUCGUCUCAUCCGACAGGGAUUCCGGCUCAAUGACACUAUUCGGGUUACAAGGCGGGCCUGGACCUGCUCGCACACCUGCCGAAAGGCGCGGGAGCGUUCAUCCAGCAUGGAGAACAGCAUACGUCCACGCCAUGACAUAUGGGGCUCCUCUUGAUGCCACUGCCGACGCAUCUAAGGCGUUGGCUGCUGCUUCCGAGUGGUAUGAAUCGCACAUCGAGCCGGUGUGGAGGAAUUGGGCGCUGGGUGGUGGAUCGUACGCGAAUGAAGGCAAUGUCUUUAGUAGUACAUGGAAGGAGGACUUUUACGGGGAGAACUAUGAUCGCCUGCUGGGGAUUAAACACAAGUAUGACCCUAGCAUGAGUUUGUUUGUUUACGGUGGUGUUGGGAGUGAUGAGUGGGAGUACGAUUUGCACAGUGGUCUGCUUUGUGAGAAAUAG